CCCGCACCCCCGCCCUCACCCCCCGACUCCAGCACAUAGCCAUUGCUGGUAAUUAAUUCUCGCCCAAAUCGGUGCUUCCACGUCCCUCCACAAUUCCGUGUCCCGCAUAUCCCGCAUAUCCCGCAUAUCCAGCAUCGUCUACCACGCCAAUCAAUUGCCCGUCGCCAGAUGUCUCAAGCCCCAGCCCCGAAAUCUUACAAGUUCGUCGGAGGCCCGAGCAGGAAACGGCGCCGGCGGACAGGUCCGAAGCCGGCCCCAGCCCCUGGGGAGAAGCAGUACGACUUCGAUGUUACUGCAACCUGCGACCCAGACCCGACCAUCGCUGCCGUGGAAGUCCCCCAGACAAGCUCUUCACAGGCCCUGGGCAAUGGUCCCACCAUCGCCGACGACCAGGCCACAGUCAGCAGCCCAGCGGCUCCGCUAUCACCCCUAGCCGACGACGCAGCCGGCGGCGGCGGUAACCUGCUCGACUGGCUGCACGCGGGGUCGAUGAACCCGUUCUUCGAGCCGGGUCUGCCGUACGCCAACACAUCGUUCAACGGCGGCGCGCACUGCGACUUCCAGCUGCCCUUCUACUUCGGUCCGGACAUCCCCAUCGCCGACCUGUGGAACUCGCCACCCACCGAGGAGGGCUUGUGCCACGACAUGGCCGCCCCCGCUGCCGCCGUGUCUGAGGACAGCGGCCCGGCGAGGGGGAGCCCCAAGGCUGAGUCGGUCAUGGCUGGGACUGGCGAUGUUGAUGUGACGCAGCAGCCACAGGAGCACCAGCACCAGCAGCAACAGCAGCAGCAACAACAACAACAGAAGCCGUUGCUGAGCUUGCCUAACGCACCGGGUAACAUCAGUGAUACUAUAUCUCAGUUAUUGAAUCGAUAUGACCGAGAAUUCUGCGUCAUGCCUCUCACCCACGACUUCGAGGCCAACCCAUUCCGGUUCAACGCAGAGACCGGGCGAGGGUCUCAGCUUCUCCUCCACUGCAUCCUGGCUCUGUCGUACAAGCACAUACACCGCGAUACAGGGACCUGUCUCGACGAGGCCCGAACCCACAAGAAGAAGGCUCUCCAGAUGCUCCGGGACGUGGAGGAUACAUCACAAGAGACUGGCUCCCAGAGCCCCUCCACCUUUGAGGCUAGUUUCCUCGAUGCGGUGUUAAUUCUGAUGACACUAGACUGCGCGACCUCGGCUCAUGGACCUUGGGUCUGGUAUCUCAAGCGUGCGCUUAAGAUGAUCCAGGCGACGGGGCCCCUUGACCUCCAAAAGACCCCACGGAUGCAGGCCCAGAUCGAGAUGCUUGUGUGGUGGGAUGUAACUCUGGCAUUAACAAGCCGGCGGGGCUGUGUAUUAUCCGAGUCCACCACCAUCAGCCUCUUCAGCCCAACCGGCACCGAUGCUGCCAGCUUCUACAGCGUCUCAGGCUGCCCGGGCCAACUCUUCAAGUACAUGAUCCGGCUGGGCGCCUUUGCCCGGGAGUUCGAGCUUGCAGCCACCAUGACGUGCGUCAAGUUCGAUAUCGAGCCCGUGCUGGCUGUCGAGAGGGGGAUCAGGGAGUGGUCAGACCCGGAUUACGGAUACUCGCAGCAGAUCCUCGCCGAGCUGCUGGGCGGCGAUGACGACCCGGCUAGUCUGGCCCACUACAAGGAAGAUCUGCACCACUGCGCCGAGGCGUGGCGCUACUGUCUGCUGAUCUACAUCGAGCGGGUGUUCAAGUGGCAGCGUGAUAGGCCUGUCUCGUCCAUGCUGGGCUUCCUGGGGCGCAAGACGCUAAACCACGUCGUGGCCUGCCGCCGGACCACCAUGCUGCAGAAGCAACUGCUACUUCCUGUGUUCCUAGCUGCCUGCGAGACCGUUGACGAUACCCUGCGUGACGAGGCCCGCGCCUACUGUACGUGGUGGAACGAGAAGACGCGCUACGAUAUGUUCCUUACGGCCACAAUGCUGCUUGAGGAGGUGUGGUCUAAUAGCCAGGACCCCAUGAGCUGGUGGGGUUCGGUUAUCGACCACAAGACGAGGCGGACCACCAGCGGCUCGGGCGAGAGGCAGUAUCUCUUUGGUUAAUGCGUGUCCAGAAAGGGGCUAAGAGGGGUUACUCGAUGUGGGAAGAGAAGAGAAGAUGCUCUGGAAAUGGCACAGCUGAGUCCACACCCCAGCCGUCGACAGCCACUGGGUCGUGGUGGUGCGAUGUCUAGGCCCCGGUGGGAGCAUUUUCUCUCGAAAAGGGGGCGACCAAGCAGAACCAAGGGCUCGUCGUCAUGAUAGGCCUAAGAGUCCUGCUGAGUGAUGGUGACACUCACCCUCGAAUAUGAGCAUGCAGUGGGCGAUUGGAGGACUUUGGUUGAAAGGGCAUGGCGUUAUGGUCAAGUCAAUGAGGUUUCGGAUAUGGGAUGGGAACUUGCGUACAUUUCUACCUUUUGAGAACAUGGCAGGUAUGUUUAUAUAUAUACAAACAUACAUACAGCAUAAGCAAUAUGGAAAUACUUUCUAGGAGA